AUGAAUGAGCAAACAUAUCGCACUAUCGUAAGGUCUCAUUCCACAAAUGUACGCAGGAAUACGACAAAUUGUUCCACACUCUCCUACCGCUGUGGUAUUAUGUCAUAUCGCUCAAAUUGGAGCAACUUUAUAGAGUCCUUAGCUUACAAACAAUUAGAGGCCAAACUAAGGAAGGAUGCUGAGUUGGAGUUUAAUCUUCUGUGGAAUAUAUUCCGUCUCAGGUUUGAUAUGGACAUUGAACGAGUCAUUUCAGCUUCGGAAGACAUAGACAAGUUUACCGAUCGUUGUCUCGAAUAUCAAUUUUCAGGUGAAAAGGCACAGCAUUGUUUUGCAAAAGCCAAGUCAAUGAGAUCAUUGGCCAUAUUAUUGUUGUUAAUCGUACGGGACAUAACACACAUGUUACGGGUAGUAAAUGCUAGGAAGAUUGCACAGAGGCAGCACUUGACUGACUUGAUAGCACUUUCACUAACUGGUGCCAAAUUAUCGUCAAAUUUCAUCUACGACAAAUGUACUAAAAAUUUGGGCAAAAUUAGCAAGGGUAAAAAGGUUGGAUUUUUUGAACAAGCAAUACAAAAGAUGGAUUUGGGACCUGAUACUGAAAUAUUGCCAUCUUCAUAUUUCUACAGGGUGUUUACUUGUUUGGGAUACCAAAGGGAGACGAUUUUUGAGGGCAUGUGGGAUUGCUCGGAUUUGAUAAGAGAAUUGGUUGAUUUAAAUAAUGCACUCCAAAAAUUUAUCUCAAUGAUUCACUUCAUCUUUCCCCACCCGCCCAUCACAUUGUUACCACAAUUCACCCGUAAUUUGUCCAAAACUCGACUAGAGAUCAAAUUUAGGAAGAUACUCAUAAGAGCGAAGGCUUAUAUUAAAGUUAAAAAAUGUCUUCUAAAAUUUCCAGAACUGGCGAAUACCACACUUCUAAUACCCAAUGCCCCUAUUCCAACGCCUAAGAUAAAGCAUGGCCAUUGGGAACCGCAUGAGGAGAUCCAGCUACUAAAGGCUGUAAACAGAUUUGGCGAAGGAAGUUGGCAAAAGGGCGCGGCGGUAUAUUUUUUUAAUACACGAACUGGCACACAACUUCGGGAUAAGUGGCAGAAUUUGUUGAGAUAUGGGCAUGUUACUUGUAUGGGUAGUGGAAAAGAGAGGGUGUGGGUUUUUGCCAUAGAAAAACAACAAUAA